UUGCCUAUGAAAGACGACCGAGAGUGAGUCAGAGAGCGAGAGGAGCAGCAUCAGUUGUGAAGAUCUCAUGUUGUGUCGUAAUGUCAAAAGGAAAUUGCUCGAACUCUGCUCGCUACCCAAAUGUUGCUUCACUUCACGUUAGCCAGUUACAAGCCUACUACCGACUGUUUACCGGCCUCGCUCUGGAAUUGUCGUUAUACUAAAGAGAGUACCUUGCGAGAAGGGGAAGAGCGAGAGAGAGAGAGAGAGAGAGAGAGGAACAGCGACAAUGAAAUAUUUGGUGCCCUAAAAGACUACCCAGAAUGUUGAGGGUCGGAGCCAAUCUCGACCGUAAAAUGGAUGGUGGUGUUGCAUUUGUGCCCGGCUCUUCGGCAGAGGGUCAUGGUGGGUUUCAUCGCCAUUUCGCGAGAUCCCCCUUGCUACGACGGUAGACGCGUUGACUGGUCCUCGGACGGGGAUGCUCGGUGUGUCAUACGAAUCAUCAUCAAGGUCUGCAAACUGGCGAUUGCUCAUUUGGACUCUUCAAAAAGCGACCCCCCAAUUCAUUCUCAAGGGCUUUUGAGCUCGACUUCAACACUCACUCACGCACAUACGAAAAGGAAUCCGUCCCCAGCAUCCUUCACUGACUAUUUCCUGUACCUCUACCACCUAUACUUGGACAUUUUCAAAAAUGACCACUCUAACUGGAAUGGAAGAAAAAGUUCAACACGUUGAAACACUGCCAAAAACGGACAUGACGGGAGCUCAGUUUGCCUCCCAGGUUGCCAUCAGCACAUUAUGUACAUCCUCAAUGAAUCCGUUGAUUAUUGCCCAAGUAAUAUCGUCUACCUAUCGCUUAGACCAAUUGCCUGUGAUGCUGAUAAGCUUUAGUACCCGAUACCUUCAUCGAUUUUGAACGGUGAAAUCCUUCAAAAGGCUAACAAAAGACAUUGACACACCGAAAAUAGCAUCAACAUAAAAGCGAUGGCGAGCCAAGCAUGGUUGGGUUGGUAUUCGUGCAAGUUUCCAUUGAUGUUUCGACCCUAAUCACUGGGAUGUGGAGCAAGGUGGGUUGCAACCAACGGGGAAGUUCGGACUUCGCAACCGUCAAAAAAGUCCUUUUCAAAGCGGUGCUCGAGUUUUGACAUGAGAUCUCAAUAGUAGAAAGCCAGGGUACACAUCAUGAUUAGGUUGACCAAGCCCUCGCCACCAUGAAUGGACCCGAACAACAUGGGAAUUGUCAGGAUUACGUUCAGGAUAACCAGAAAAGAAGAACUACCAACGUCCUGGAAUGGUCUGGGGCGUACAGCGUACAGCAAGAAAACGGGAGAGUUGCCUUUGAAUCCUGACUGGUGGGUUUGAGGAAGAUCUCUGGGACACGACAAUGGGUGGAGGUUAUGGUUAUCUGCGGAAUAAGUGAGCAACACUUAAUAUCCCUCCCAAGAUGCGGAAAGCCCCACAACCUGAAAUUAUUGUGUCACAAUUUGGCUUUAUUAACUCUUCUCCCGAGGGUUUGGUGGAGUGGGGGUAUCAUGAAAUCAUGGUUUUUGCUUCUUUUUAGAAAUUCUUUCUUUUGAUGGCGCAUCCUGCAAUUUCCAUAAUGAAAGACGAGCGAUCACUCAGGAGAUCUCAAGAAAAGCCACCCUCUCUGUCCCAUCAUUCUUGAGGUAAAACUGUUGAACUUUUUACAGUUUCUUCUUCGUCGUGCUCUCCUCUCCCCCUGCCCAAGAAUACCACAAGCAAUAAGAUCCCUCUCAGACAGAGCACAGAGCAACGUCCAAUAAAAGCUUUGCCAUUAAAAUGCCAAUAUUCAAGGUCAAGACAAUAGAUUAUUUUUAGUCGAGGAAAAUUAAGAGGGUGAGCUCAUUAUUCAGACGAGGAAUUCCAUCGACUCUGCUCUUGUCAUUGGAGUACUGUACCCAUCUAACUAGACACCUGAGAGGGAGAACGAGGCCAUAACCAUUCAACAACUACAUUAGAUUCCGCAGCAGGAGGGCUCGAGCCAAUUGUCUUCAAUGAAUAUAUUGGUGUAAUCCCAAGACAAUUGCUUGCUUGUCCAUGGUCGUUGCUCUCUCAUGCAUUUCCAAUCUGAAGAGCCUCUCUUAGCCCUGCCUGUUUUGUCAAUCUCGCAUUAACGUGACCUCUUCAAAGGAUGUUUGGCGCCAUUUCUCUAUCCUCAUGGGUCAAAAUCCAGGCCUCUUGCCGAAGCCACUUGACCCUCCUCAAGAUGUCCUAUCGGCAUUCUCCGCCGUCAAACACGGUUCACCUUGAGCUCACGGAUCGCCGACGAGGCCAAGACCGACGCCGCCAAGCAAAAGCAACCGAAAACAUCCCCAACGGAAAAAGGAGGAGAGCUUUUCGGGACGAAAGCAGAUCAGUAACUGCAAAAAGAUGUAAACAGAGUGGAUGUGAGUGUGAAUUAUGGAGCACCUCAACUCUCAGGACAUGGCCCAGAUUCAAGAGGACAGAUUGAGAGGGUUGAACGAUCUGGUUCAACGUGACAUGACAUUGAGCCCACAAUCCCUUGGUUCGAUCGCUGAAGAAAUCAAGCCAAAACAUUGGACAGAAGUUGUGGAAUGGAUCCAUCAGGUGUUCCAAGAGCAGGACUGGAGGCUCAACGUGUUGUGCUUAGCUAUUCAAAUCCUGGAUUCGUUCCUUGAGCUCAGUCCAGUGAAAUUGAGUCAAUUUCAACUGGCAACCGUGUCAUGCGUGUCGGUGGCGGCAAAACAGAAGCGAUACCCUCCAAUUAAUGCUUCCAUUUUGAUCGAAUACUCUGCCAAAUCCAUUACUCUCCCAGAAGUCCAGGCUUGGGAGCUGCUGGUCUUGUCAAAACUGAGUUGGCACAUCAAUUUUGUGGAACUGUCGAAUUACUUUGACUCUUUCUGGCGCCUUAGCAUCACCUCCUUCUCCUCCUCCUCCAGCAACAAUUCCUCUCCCAGUGGCCGAGAUCUUUCCCGAAGGGCUAGAAAAGAAUCCUACAGGAAUGCCCAUCUCUUGUUCAUCCUCGCGUCCAGGGACUGGGACUUCUGUCACCUGUACCAAUUUAGAGUUCGCUCUCUGGUCGCCCUUAGAUUGGCUUUAACCACUUGUCAAUCACAGAAAUUGCUUGCAAUGCAAAAAGACAGCUCAGGAUUCAAAGCUUGCUGGGAGUCCCCCGACUUGCACAAGACUCUGAAGGUGACAGGUGAACUGAUUGAGAGCUGCUCUUUACAAAUGGAGUCCAUUCUUUGGAACAUGGUUCCCCCUUCUUCCCCCAAAUCAAACCCUUGUUCUUCCAAGUCCGAACAUCUCACAUCCACCCCAAAGAAGAAACCGGGAUGCUGGGUGUUUGAGGACGACAAAGGGCCGGAGGAGGUUGAAGAAUCACAAGAAAACAAGGAGAACGAUGAUAGCGCCAUCGGAUUGAUAGUUGGUUCGCCUCAACCCCACUGUAUCACAACAAGCCCAACCGUGUCCUCCACUGUAAGCAGCUCGACGUCUUCACCUGAUUCUGGAACCUCCAUGGCCCCCAAACGCACCGGUGCUUUUAGUGAUCUCACGUCCUUGGAAAACAUUCUCAGUUCCACGGCCAUCAACCCGCUCGAUAAAAACGAAUAAAAGACAUUAUUU